UUCUUCUGUUUUUUUUUUUUUUUUUUUUUUUUUUUGUUUUUGCUGUGUGUGGCUUCCUUCCUCUUCUUCUUCUCAAUAAUGUUACCCACCUUUGCUUUGUUGUAGGCUUUUUCAACUGUGUUCCGUUACUAGGUCGCUUGCUCGCUCUCUAUGUGGAAGCGAGUGUAAGUUCCAAUGUGGGUGGUUGUGAGUUUGGGACGAUGGGCAGCAGUUCUUAUUGAGAUUUGUUGAGUGUGUGCAUUGGAGCUGGGACUUUGUGGCGGCUGAUUGGGUUUCGGUUUAGGUUGUGAGGGAUUUUUGAGUGAGAGCUUGCGAGGUUUGUGGAGUGUGGAAUUGGGGUUAGCGUUGGGAAGCUGGUGGAGUUUGUUGUUGUUGUGGGUGUUGUUGAUGAGGCGUGGUGUUUAGGAGGAGGAGGUGCAAGACACGAGCUUGGGGAGGCGAGCGUGCAUGCGAGUUGGAUCAAUGAUUGCUGGAUGAGUUUUGGGUAGUGGGGGAUGGAUCAAGACGUUUCUGAUAUGAUGUAGAGUUUUGGAGCGAAGUCCAUUAGGUGGUUGAGUGAGAAGAGAUAAAUUCUGGGUGUUGGAAGGUUAUUGGGGUGAGAGUAGUGGUGGGGGGGUUUUGAGAUAUGACGUUGUGCGAAUUGAAAAUGUAAGAGAAUGGUCGGAAAUGGCGGGGGACUAGGGGGAUUUAUGCGAAGGUCGACCACAAACACUGGGAAUAGCUCCACGGCAAAUACCAACGACAAAAUGGACUUACCCAAGCUUCAGACGAGGUCUACGUCGACGUUCCCCCCUCCUCACAAGACACAGUUGCCCAUGCGGUACCAGACCCAGCAUUACCAAAACGCCAGCAGAUCGCCAUCUCUAGUUUGCAAGCGGAGCGCCUGGGUUCUUCUUAUGCUUCUAUCUUUCUUUUUCGUGUUCUUGUACAUGAUCUCCCUUGCACGAGGGGUUCAAUUUUCUGGGAAAGCGGCCACAGGCGGCAACAAAAGAAGCUAUGGCAUUGUUAUUGAUGCCGGUAGCUCAGGCUCAAGAAUUCAUGUCUUUCGAUACAAGCAAGGACUGAUACCUGAAGUAGAUCUCAUCGGUUUAGAGUCGCUGUCCCUCAAACGAACGCCAGGACUAUCGUCUUUUGCAGACUCACCUAACUUGGCGGGGAGUUCUCUGAAAGAGCAACUUGAAUUUGCUAAAACGAAAGUGCCUGCGAAGGAGAGGUCUCAGACGAGGGUAUAUCUAAUGGCAACUGCUGGCUUGAGGAGGUUGGACAAGAAGAUUCAAGAAGCUGUACUAGAUUCGUGUAGAAAUGUGUUACGGGCUUCAGGAUUUCUAUUUCGGGAUGAGUGGGCAUCGGUCAUUAGCGGGACGGACGAGGGGGUGUAUGCUUGGGUCUCAGCUAAUUACGCACUAGACUCUCUUCAGGGAGAUCCUCGUCAAACAACUGGAAUCGUAGAACUUGGCGGUGCCUCUGCCCAGGUGACUUUUAUUCCAAAGGAGCCCCCGCCGCCUGCAUACAGGCAUAACUUGGAGCUUGGGGGUAGAUCAUAUUCGCUGUACACAUACAGUUUCCUGAAUUUUGGCCAGGAAGCGGCUUGGGACAGCUUGCUGGAGUUGAUUACAGCUGGAGGUGCUGUUGCAACUUCAAGGCCGGGAUUAAAAGAGGGAGUUGCGAUAGAUCCAUGCACGCCACGGGGCUAUAAGAGAAGUUUGGAGGAGAAUGCUCGGCAUUCUGCCACCGUCUCGACUGCUACUCAUUCAUCAGUCUCCAGAGUCGUUUCUGGAGGGAACUUUUCCGAAUGUCGUACAGCUGCCUAUUCCCUUCUUCAGCAUGGACAUGACGCAUGUUUGUACCCGAAGUGUGCAAUUGGGAAUGCGUACAUACCAGAGCUUCAAGGGACUUUUUUUGCAACCGAAAACUUUUUUUACACUUCCGAGUUUUUCAAGUUGCCAGCAAAAACGUCACUGGCCAACCUUAUGGAUGCUGGUGAACAUUACUGCGGAGAGAAUUGGGCGAAUCUUCGAGUAAAACACAAGGAAGUUGAGGAGAAGGAUCUUUUAAAGUAUUGUUUUUCCACAGCGUAUAUUGUUGCUCUAAUGCACGAUAGUCUCGGCAUUAGUAUGCAUGAUGAUCGAGUUAGAUUUACCAAUAAGGUACACGACGUGCCACUGGACUGGGCUCUCGGAGCACUGAUUGUGAAACUUAGUGAAGACGAGGAACAAGUAUCACAUGUAUGGCUAUUCAGUUCAGGAUAUGUCAAGGUUUUGUCACUACUGGUGUUGUUGAGCGUAGGAAUAUUGGUAAUCUGGUUUAUUGCGCGGUGGCGAAGGCCUCAAGUUACCACCAUUUAUGACUUAGAAAAAGGCCGUUACAUUACAACUGCCUCUCGCAUUAGAUGAGGGACUCAUUCAGCCAAGGAUUUCAGGUUCAAUUUAAAUUUGUAAUCACGCGUAGCCUCACACCCCAGGAUGGGAAGUCGUUUGUAAUGCAUGACACAUCUACGAGUGCUACCUGUUGGAAGAGUUCGUGAAGGGCAUAGCAAAGGUCACAAUCCUUUGUCAUACAUCAGUGUGGUUUUGACUUGUAUAUUGAGCAAACUGCAUUGAUUAAUGUAGCACAUUAUUUGUGAUGUUAGCUUCAAUUUCAUUAGGCUCUUCAAUUGAA